UUUAAUCUGUUACUAUAUGAUUUUGCGUCUUUUUAACUAGGGUUGAUGGUCCUAGCCCUCAUUUAGGAUCUGUACACGUUCCUUUUAUUAUUAUUAUUAUUAUUAUUAUUAUUAUUAUUAUUAUUAUUAUUAUUAUUAUUAUUAUUAUUAUUAUUAUUAUUAUUAUUUCAGGCUGAUAAUGCAGUUUUGUUCUCUUCUUCGCAAGUGGGUUUGAAAUGCUUACUGAAUUGUUCCUUUGAGUGCUACACGAUAAAUAGAUUGGAGCUGAACUAUGAAAAACCAACAGUCCUUGUCUUUUCAAAAAACUGGAAACCACAUAAUCGGGGAAUAAACAGCAACAGAAUAGAGCGGGUCAAGCAUUUUUUGGUACCUAGACUGAUAACCACCCACUGGAGGCCCCCCAUCGCCAGGAAGCGUGGAUGCUCUUCAACAUACACCCAGUGAGUGGGGACAGAGAAUGAUUAACCUGGCUAAAUAAAACAAUUGCCUUCUUCGGGAGGCAUCUGCAGAGUUGCCGUUCCUUUAUCUAUCUUGUACUGCCAGUUUGUCAAGUGGAAUGACCCCCAUGUGCAGGUUUGCUAGUUUGCCUUGGAGGGAACACAAACAAAAAGUCCAGGUUUAUCCUUGUGGUCUCCAUUCAAAAAAACAGUUUUUUCUUGUGGUCUCCAUUAAAAAAAACCCAGUUCCUUGUUCCUUGUUUGAAGUGUACCCAGCUGCAGGUGACUCACGCAGAGAUGCCCCAAAGCUGUCUGUUAUGUGAGAACAACACACAACCCAAGGGUCUGGGAGGAGCAGAUGCCAGAGAGCCUUCUAGAAGUUUGCUUUCUAGAGGAAGGGAAGGCAGGCAGCCUGGGAGGCCCUGAGCUUUGCUGGAGCAGCUUUUGCCGAGGGUUCCUGGGGGAGCAGAAUGCCACCGAGACAGCAGCAGUGGUGGUGCCUUUGCGUCCUGGCAGGGAUCCUGUUCUCCAUCUUCCUGUACUCCAGCCACCUCAGCCUGCAGAACCGGCAGGUGCCUCCCCCCCUUUGGACAACCCUCCCCCCAUCAAAUCGCCGGUCUGCCACCUUGAGCGAUGGCACCAUCACCUUCUACCUCAAACUGAGCUCCUACGAAGCCCAGUUCCCCAACCUGCAGCGCCACCCCUGCCGCCCGGUGAUUGCCGAGGCCGGCUUGUGCCAGCGGGCGGGGGCCUCCCCCUUGCUCCUCUUGGUGGUGAAGUCCCACCCGGCCUCCAGCAGCAGAAGGGCUGCCUUGCGACACACCUGGGCCCGGCCGCGGGAGAUGGGGGGGUACUGGCUGCAGCCCCUUUUCCUGGUGGCCACGACCCCCAACGUCAGACAGCUCCAUCUGGUGCAGCGGGAGAGCAGCAGUUUCCGGGAUGUGGUGCUGUGGGACUUUGUCGAAUCUCACCACAACUUGUCACUCAAAGAACGCUGUUUCCUGCAAUGGCUUUGCCAGCACUGCCGGCAGGCUGCUUUCAUCUUCAAAGGGGAUGACGACGUCUUUGUGAACCCGAAGGCCCUGGUGGGAUACCUCCAGCGGAGGCCCAACGCCUCCCACUUUCUCCACGGCAACAUCCAGAACCAUUCGAAAGUGAUGAGGUACGGGAAGUACAGCGUCUCUCGCGCCCUCUACCCUCUGGACCGCUACCCCUGCUUUGCUUCCGGUGGAGGGUUCAUCUUGCCCGGCCCCUUGGUUCCUGCCCUCUACCAGGCAUCGCUGUGGCUGCCUGUCUUCCCGCUCGAUGACGUGUACUUGGGGUUCCUGGUCCUGGCAGCUGGCCUGUCCUUCACCCACGACGAGCGCUUCCGGGUGUGGGGAGCGCCCAAGGACACCCGCGAGGUCUACCAGGAGUCUUUUAUGGUCCACGGGCUCACUCCGGAGAGGAUGGAGGAAGUGUGGACGGAACUCUGGAGCCCCCACCCAGGGAAGGAGGCCUGAGCAAAACAUAAACACCCUGGAAAAGAGGACCCCCCUUCCCUCUGCUGACUGUUUAGCUGGGCAGCUCUUGCCUUAUUUCCCUCUACGAAGAAACUCCAGCAUCUCUGUGGAUCGCCUUCCCCUGCUUUUGGUCACAUUUCUCUAGUUCCACACCAACCCUGACUGGCGGCAUUUCUUCUCAGAAAGAUCUGUGCACCCCUUGCUCUCCACGCCCAGAGGGGGGGAAAACCAGGGGACUCAGCAUUUAAUGCCAAAGUGUGCCAACAGCUCCUCUAUGGGCUACCCCUCUGGACACAACCCUGGAACAGCAAUGCACAGCGCAUUCAAUCCUGUUUUCUGUGCAACAUCUCCAACUUCCCCCACUUGGUGCCCUCCUAUGUCUCGAAGCUGGACAUUUCCUGGAAACCAGGGCUUGGUGUGUUAUGUUCCAAUUUUGGAUUCACCUGAGCUUUAAUUGCAGCAACACUAGCCCCUCCACCAAGGCAGUAUCUUUUCUAUACACCACAGACAGGUGAGCCCACGUUGAAGGUAAAUUAUGGGAUUUGGGCCUCCUGGUCAUGCCUCCUUCUACCGUGUUUCUCCGAAAAUAAGACAGUGUCUUUUAUUAAUUUUUGCUCCCAAAGAUGCGCUAUGUCUUAUUUUCAGGGGAUGUCUUAUUUUUCCGCUCCACAGCUGCAUGCUCUGGUGUUCUG